CCAUAUCUCAAGUACUCCAAGGUUGUUGGAAGACAGGUUACUCACAUUUUUCUGGAUUUUUCAUUAACUAAGACAGAAUAAUGAGGACUCUACCGACCUAUUUAUAUGUAACUCAUAAAUCAAGGUUUUGAAUAAAGAUUUGCCAGUGGACUUUAGGUUUGUACCUUGGUGUUAUCUGCUUGAGUAUACAAUUGUAGAAAUGGUCUGAUUCUAAUUAUACCUGUAGAUAAUCUUCUUUAGCGACUGUCAGUACAUCAUUGCAUAAGCCUAUAAUGCACUGACAGCUUGACUGGUGAUUAACUGGUACAUGGGAAAAUUUUUACUUCAUUGAUGAGUUACUUUCUAGAGCUACUACAGUGUAUCUCUCAACAGGAUUAACGGUUUUGAGAGUUAGAGUUGGGAGGUCUACGUGUCAGAAAUUUAUCUGUGUGUGUAUACCCUUUGACCUGAUGCACUGAGAGUAUCAGUAAAGUGAUAAAUCUAACCAAAGAAUUUUGCAAAGGAGCCGUGUUCAUCAAUGUGAGUUGUCAACCGGUGUGAAGAUGGAGGCCCCCCAGGGAGUGCUUAAUGAUAAGACUGUGACAUUCGUCCAGGUCCUCACAGUAUCUGAUAUGGCGGAGGCGGCAGCCUUAGUAGCCUCAGAGAUGAACCAGAACACACCUAUGGCCAAUCCGAUCAUGCAGAUCGUGGUACAAACACCGGAUUCUGCUGCUGCUCUUGCUGGUGCUAGUGAAGAAACAGUAGUCAUUUCUUCACAUGACCCCUCUGUCACACCUAAUAUUGAAACCAUUACAAUGGCAACAUCUGAAAGCCAUGCAGAUCAGAAGGCCAAUGUGAUCCCAAGUAACAACAAAACAGCCACAAACGUUUCAUCAGGUGAAGAAAGGCUCUGCUUGAUCUGUGGUGAUAAGGCCAAUGGCGUACACUAUAAUGUACUGUCUUGCGAGGGUUGCAAGAGCUUCUUCCUACGUAGCAACAGAUCAGGAGCCACAUUCACAUGUGCUUCAGGAGGCAACUGCAACAUGGAUUUGUACACAAGACGACACUGUCCUGCCUGUAGGAUGAAGCGUUGCUUAGAGUGCGGCAUGAAGGUGGAAAGAGUCUGGGACAAAGGUCGCCUGAAAACCAGAAAACCUCUCAUACGAGUGAAGCGAAAGAAGAAGGUGCCAGGCAUACACGCAGAUUCAGCAACCUCUCCCACGGUUGCUCCUCCCACUCCAGGUGCCCCUCCCACUCCAGCACCGGCAGCAGCUCCACCCAACCCAGCAUCAUCUUCCAUCCUGCCCCAGCAGUUACCAAUUGAAACUUCUCUAAGUUCAACCCCUUCAAGCUCACGUUCCAGCAGUCCUUCAGCCAAUAGGUCUUCAUUAACAGUCACCCCCAACAUGUCCACCAACCCCAUCCCUUCAGCUGUUCAGAUGGACAAAGAUAUGCUAUCAUUUUCAGACCCUUCCCAGCAAAUGACCGGUGACAGUGGGAUGUUGACGAUCGAUUUGGACACUCCGGGAACAUCCACGCAGACGCUGCUGACCUUUGGUUCAACAUAUCCUCAGCUUACUCUGGCGCAGGAACAACUGAUGAUCACAUUGGAAAAAGGAUAUAAUGCUUCAACGGAAGUCCUCAAGCAUUUAUCAAAAGAUGUUCCUUUAUUCAGAAUGACACAUUGGAGUAAAUUUAAAGGAGGAGACAGCGAAAGUCCCAUCAUUUCACAGGGAGAAGAGGAGGAAGAUAUGGACCAACCUAAACCAAAGAAAGCCAGAUUAGAUGCACAAGAGUCAAAUACUAACACAAACUCUGCUCAGCAACAGACUGCAGCCCAAGCUAAUGGAAGAAAGGGUGUUGCUACACCAUUAAACAAUGAUCCCUUGGCUGUUCUCUCCUCAGCCACUGGGCAGAACAUUGAAGUGAUUUAUAACUUAACUUCCUUAGCUACCGGUGGGCAGAUCAAAGACCCUGCAUCGGCGUUGAGCGUGUUAGCAUCAUCGGAGCAAGGUUUGAGGGUGAUUGAAUCGAUUGGAUCCCUUGUGCAGGGACAGGAUCUGAACACAUUGAUAAGUCUGGCUAAACUUGUGGGCCAGAUAAUCGGCAUGGGAGGAGGCUCUCUCAAUGACAAUCUUGCGGACACGAUUCUUGGGAGCAUCACAGGCUCCAUAUUGAAUAGCUCAAAUGGAAAUACAGCUUCAUCGUUGAGUGCGGAGCUUGCUCUGAAUAUGCCUUCAGCAUCUGCUCUGAUACCAUCGGGUCCUAGUCAGGAUCAGAAUGGGAACAAUGGAGGACAAGGUGUCACACAAGAUGAAACAAUGAACAGUGCAGCUGUUGCUAAACUUGCCUCCAGCGGAUUAGCAGAAGCAUUGGCCAUGUUGGCUGCCAUGGCAUCAUCGAGUCAAAACAAAGAAACUAUUGUAGAGAUGGUGAAACGUGCAGCUGUGUCGUUGUUGAGAGGAGAGGACGAACCCCAAAUGAUGUCCUUUUCAUCCCCACCGACAUCAUCCCCCGCCUCAAACAAUUUCUAUAUGCCAACCGAUGUCGGCGAGGAUGAAGUCAAGACCAGUCCAUUCCUGCAGUCCCUCCAAAGAGUCACCUCAUUUCUGACCAGCGGCAAGAUGAGUGCGGGCAAAAAAUCUUCCACCAAAGCCAAGCGCACUGUCAACAAAGAGAUGCUACACAUAGCCAUGGACAUGUUUGCCGUUCUGGUCAAGCAAACUAUUCAUUUUGCCAAAAGCAUUCCUGGAUUUACGAACCUCUCUUGCGACGACCAAGCUGUGCUCAUCAAAUCUAGCAUCGUGGACGCACUGCUGUUAAGGUGCGCAGACUCUUAUGCAUUGGAUAAAGAUUGCUUGGUAAAUGUUACCAAUGGAGACAAGUUUGAUGUGCAUAUGAUGUAUCAGUUGGGAUUUUCAACCCUGCCAGAGGUAGUCUUUGAGUUCAUGAGGGACACCAAAGCUUGUGGACUCACUACGGCAGAGUAUGCACUUUUUACCGCAGCUGCCUUGCUCUCGCCUGAUCGGUCUGACCUGAAGGACAGAAAGACGGUGGAGGAGAUGCAGUUGGAGAUGAUCCUCGCUCUACAGGCAGCCACCAAGGUCUUCCAUGCAGAUAAACCUUUCCUUUUUACCAAACUCAUCACCAAACUGACCACUCUUAGAGACAUGUCUAUCCUUCACCUCAGUGAGAUCAUGGCUGUCAAGGUCCAGGAACAAGAUCUUAGUCCUCUCAUUGUAGAAUUGUUUGGGCUAGAUUCGUGACAGAGUGAUCACUCUCUUCCACCUUUAUAGUCCAGAUACAAGAUCUUGAACCACUCAUUGUAAAUAUAAAUUUGGAUUAGAAUUGUAUCACUGCUAUCACCAAAGUACUAGACAUCUUUCACCCCUAUGGAAUCGUUAGGAGGUAAUCCUCACAAUAUAAAAUUCUGUCAUUGAAUUAAAACCUAUAUUUUACUGUCCUUUCACUCUGUG